AUGACGACGCAGUCAAGACAGACCACGUCCGAGGUGGAGGCCAGCUUCUUGCGCUGGUUCCGACAGUCUGGCGGCUCGCUCGAUGCUCGCUGCCGCAUCCAGCCCAUCCCCGGCAUGGGCAGAGGCAUGGUGGCCAACGCCUCCAUCGACGCUGGCGAAACCAUCUUUGUUAUCCCGCGUCAUGCCUUGCUUAACCUCGCCACAUCAACGCUUGCCAAGCGCUGCUCAGAGGCAGAAGCUUCAUCCGCUAGUGGAUCUACUUCCAAUGCAGCCGAAGCACUUACAUGGAAAGAGGUCAGCAAGAUGGGGUGGCUUCCCCUCAUCCUGGCCAUGAUGUACGAACGAAGAAGAGCGGCUCAUCUCUCCGACAACACUAUGCCCAGCAAGUCCACGGCUGACGACGGCGAUGUAUCCAUGGAGAACGGUGAAGCAGCGUCUGCACCCUCGGAGCAGCUCGAGGGGUCGAACGAAGACCGCGAGGACCUGCGCCAGGCUCCCCGCACCUUCGGAGAGCAGACCUGGGGCGCCUACUUUGACAUCAUGCCGACGGACUUCAGUACUCCCAUGUUCUGGAGUCCAGCAGAUCUGCAGCAUCUGGCGGGCACCUCGAUCGCCGACAAGAUCGCCAGGGACGAGGCCGAAGCCGACUACCACAACAAGGCGCUUCCAUAUAUCCGCUCGCUACCGCAGGUGUUCCUAGACGGCACAGGCGCAGAGGAUCACGAGGCGGAGCUGAACAGGUGGUACUCGCUCGACACCUACCACAUUAUGGGCUCUCGCAUCCUCAGUCGCAGCUUCCACGUCAAGAGCCGCAAGAAGGGGCUCGAAGGCAAAACGGUCGACAUGGACGACCUCGACAGUGACGAGGAUGAAGACGAGGAGGACGACGAGUCUGAAGCUGAGCUGCUCGAAGACGAGGGCGAGGCGGACGAGACACCGGACGACGGCGCAUCACAGGGCGAACCCAAAGAAGCACAAGAAGCGAACGAUGAUGACGAAGAUGGCGAUCAAGACGACGACGAUGAUGAUGACGAUGAUGACGAGGAUGAGGAAGAGCAAGAAAAUGUGGUCGAUAUCUCGAUGACCCCCAUGGCCGACAUGCUCAAUGCGCGCUUCGAGUCGGACAACGCCAGGCUUUUUUACAAGUCGCACGUGCUCGAGAUGCGCGCGACGAAGCCCAUCUCUGCUGGCGAGCAGAUCUUCAACACGUACGCCGACCCUCCCAACAGCGAUCUGCUUCGUCGAUACGGCCACGUGGACGAGCCCAACGGCAGCGACGUGGUUGAGCUGGACGCCAAGCUGGUGCUCCAGGCCGCCAAGGCCCACCUUGCACGCGUGCUCUCGGCCGAUGCGGAUGCGCUGCAGAAGGACCUCGAGGAGCGCUUGGAGUGGGCGUGUUCGUCACUUGGAAUCGACGAGGUGUUCAUCCUCAACUACCUCUUCACGCCGGGCAGCAAGCCGCCUCAUCGCGCGCAGCCCGAAAAGCCAACCCCGAAGGAGCUCAAAGCAGCCGCAACGGGCGGGGGUAUUUCCGAGGAGAUGAUCGCGCUCACGCGUGUGCUAUGCAUGUCGCGCGAGGCGUUCGACAAGGCGCGCACCAAAGGCAAAGGCCCCAGCGCCCGAGUCGAAUCGCAGGAAGAGCACACCCUCCCCAACGACAAGGCGGUGCGAGUCUCGGCAAGCCAAAUCAUGAUGGACGCCAUCGAUCUGCGGCUCCAGCAAUACGCCGGCGGUGCGGGCGUGAGCGAGGAAGAGGCCAAGCUCUACGGCUCGCGCAAGGACGAAGUUGGCGGCGACAACGAGCGUCGCGCGCUGGUGGUGCGACUGGGCGAAAGGCGCGUGCUGCUCGACCAGAAGCGCGUCCUCAACUACGUCUUGGACCGCAUCCGCGAGGCCGAGGCCGAGGCCGCCAAGGCCAAAAACGCCAAGGACGCCGCAAAGAGGAAAGGCAACUCGAACGGAAAGGCCAAUGACGCCAGCAAGAAGAAGCAGCGCCGAUAG